CUUUUUAUUUUUUUUAAAAAAAAAAUUUCAUUUUUUUUUGUUUUUUUCUGUGAAAAAAAAAACAAGUUGAUCUUCAAAACAUUUAAGAAAUGUCUAUUCAGUUAGAUCUUGAUGAUGUUAUUACCUUUGAACGUCCUUUAACACGUGUUGUGAAGCAGAAUAUUAAUAUUAGGAACCCUCAUUCUCAACCUAUUACUUUUAAAGUUAAAACAACAGCUCCUAAAUUAUAUUGUGUUCGUCCAAAUGCAGACAUUAUUCAGCCUAAUCAGUCUAUUACCGUCCAAGUCAUGCUUCAAGCAUUUAAAGAAGAACCUCCUUUGGACGUUAAAUGUAGGGACAAGUUUUUAAUUUUGAGUGCUUUUAUUCCAAAGGAAUUCAAUAAUGCCAGGUUACAAGAAAUAUGGUCCCAUCUUGAAGCAAAUGAAAAACAAAACAUUUAUCAACAUAAGUUACGUUGUAGUUAUACUCAACCUGCUUCUCAAGAAUCACCAAAUCCUCCUGCUGAAGCACCUAUUCAAAUAAUUGAUACUGAAGAGAUCACUGAGGAUGAACCUGUUACUAUGUCUAAUACUCCAAAUGACAACAUAAUUGAAAAUAAUGAUGAACAAUCUUCUCAAGUGACUGAAAAGAUGCGCCAGAUGGAAGAGGAAUUAAAUAAGUAUAAAAAAGAGAUAGAGAAUAUGCGUAAGGUAGAACCUGUUGUUGUUGAGAAGGUUCAAGUUAAGACAACAGGGUAUCCUUUAAGUGUACUCAUUUUAGUUUCACUACUAAUCGCUGCAAUUGCUUACUUUAUUAAAACAAAAGAAUAAGCCCUUCCACGAAAAAAAAGAGCUGUUUGAGGAUUAUUGAGUUUAUACUUGAUUAAUAUAUAUUUAUAUAUGUAUGUAUGUAAUGUAAAAGGAAAAAAAUAAACAGCUAUUUUUAUGUAGAAGUAAAAUACAUACUGUAACUUA